UCGGAGUUGCUGGGUUGCGGACCGGACCCGUAGCAGGAGUCCACGGCACGCUCAGCGCUCGUUUCUUCUCCGCAGCAGGCCCUGCACGGCCGGGCGAUGGAGUUUCCGGACCUCGGGGCUCACUGUUCCGAGCCGAGCUGUCAGCGCUUGGAUUUUUUGCCACUCAAGUGCGAUGCCUGUUCGGGCAUCUUCUGCGCAGACCAUGUGGCCUACGCCCAGCAUCACUGUGGAUCAGCUUACCAAAAGGAUAUCCAGGUACCUGUGUGCCCCCUCUGUAAUGUGCCUGUGCCAGUGGCCAGAGGGGAGCCUCCUGACCGGGCUGUGGGAGAGCACAUUGACAGAGACUGUCGCUCUGAUCCCGCACAGCAAAAACGCAAGAUUUUCACCAAUAAGUGUGAACGUUCUGGCUGCCGGCAGCGCGAGAUGAUGAAACUGACCUGUGACCGCUGUGGCGGAAACUUCUGCAUCAAACACCGUCACCCACUGGACCAUGAUUGCUCUGGGGAGGGUCAUCUGACCAGCCGGGCAGGGCUUGCUGCUAUCUCCAGAGCACAAGGUCUGGCUUCUACAAGUACUGUCACCAGUCCAAGUAGGACCACACCUUCCUCUCCCAGCAGAGCUACAUCCCAGCUUCCACCCAGGACAUCCCCUCCAGUUAUUGCUUUGCAGAAUGGCUUGAGUGAGGAUGAGGCUUUGCAACGUGCCCUGGAACUAUCCCUUGCCGAGGCUAAACCCCAGGUCCCAAGUUCUCAGGAAGAAGAAGACUUGGCAUUAGCCCAGGCACUGUCAGCCAGUGAGGCAGAGUACCAGCAGCAGCAGCAGGCGCAGAGCCGCAGCUUGAAGCCGUCCAACUGCAGCCUGUGUUAG